UUAAGCUAAAAAGGGCCAAAGAUGCCCGAAUCUUAGUUAAUUGAUGGUUAUAUCACGUGCUUUUUCAAUUCAAUGAGAAUACAGCGACAAAAAUCAAAAACAGUAAAACAACGGUUUUUAGACAAAUAUCUUUUUAUGAUUUAGUAGAGAGAGAUGGAAAAAAACAUAUACUAUUACAUAUUUAUUUUCUGUUUUUAUUAUACCCUUUAUAUUACGACAUUUCAAAUGCAGGAAAACUUUGCAUGUAUACCAAAAACACUAAUUUCAUCAUUCAUUACGUAUACACAAUGACACGUGAUUGCGUAAUAUUUCAAGGAACAAUAAUGUCAUUCGUAAAGUGUAAUCGCAAUCAGUCUAAGACUGAUUUAGCUUAGCGAAAAUCCGUUUAAAAGUUUUUUAAAAAAUAAAAAAAAUUCCCGAGUUUACCCAGACUCCGUUCGAAAGAGAUUUAAAAAUAGUAACUCGACCCCAACCAGAUAAAAGUUUAUAGACCUUCCCUGACAGAGAGGUAAAGGCAGACGAUAACAUAAGGACUUCGCUCCAUCAAUUCCAGACUCAGUACCGGAUGUAACAUCGCCAGUUAUUCGCCAAAUUACUUCCCAGUUCCUUAAAUGUGGUAUCUGCUUGGAUAGGUACGAGAAUCCUAAGGUGCUACCAUGCCUACACACAUUCUGUGAGCGCUGCCUGGUUCGGUACAUGCCCCCUGAGAGCCUCACCCUCUCUUGUCCCGUUUGUCGCCAACAAUCCAUAGUUCCCAGAGCUGGAGUACCCGCCCUACAGACCAACUUCAUCAUUAGCAAUCUCAUGGAAACCCUUGAUCAUCCAUCAAAAUGUCACAGGUGUGCGAUGCAGCCAUCGGCAUCCAAGUGCGCGGAAUGCGAAGGCUUCUUAUGCGAAGACUGUUCCAGGUGCCAUCAGAUUGAAGACGCCACCAGAAACCACAAGCUUUUAUCUUUGAGCGAGAUAGCCCUUCAAGAGAAGCAAGGCUCUCUGAUGUGUCCGAAGCAUGAUUCUCAGACACUGCGCUUCUACUGCCGAGAAUGCGAGACAGCAAUCUGCGUUACCUGCACAGACAUAGAGCACAAGGGCCACCUUACCAUCAGACUGCGAGAAGCUGUAAAUGACCAGAAGGAAAUGCUGAGCAACUUGCUGGACAACGUCGAAGAAAAAAUCCCCGUUGUUGAGAAAGCUAUCGAUCUAGUCACAAGCAUUAUCACAUCACUGGAUGACGCACAUCAGUCAGCUGCCAACGAAAUCGAUAUGUGCUUCAACUUACUCCUCGAAAGUGUCCACAUGAGACGGAGCGAAAUGCUUGGCCAGCUCGAGGAUACCUACAAUGCCAAACGCCUCGUACUAGACAACCAAAAAAGCCUGUUGCAGUAUUGCUUGGAAACUCUGAGUUCAAGCUGCGAGUUCACCAAAAAAGCCCUUGAACACGAGAAUGAUGCCGAGUUCCUUUUAGUCAAUAAACAAGUAUCUGAUAGACUUCGAGAGUAUUCUGUGAUGCAAGUCAAAAGCAUGCCAGAAGAAAACGACUAUCUAGAUUUUGAAGACAACACUUCAAGCAUGGCCAGAGAAAGUAUUCAAAUGUGUGGUGCCAUUAGAACUUCUCACGCUGUUGCCCUGGAAACCACCGCAACGGGAGAAGGCCUUAAGCAGAGCACUGUUGGAAAACCGACUCUGGUCAACCUGAUAACCAAAGACCUCAAAGGCGAGAUUGUAGCUUCCGAUGCAGUCGAUUUCAAAGUAGAGAUCACUUCCAGCAACUACAUCGCCCCUUGGACAAUCAAACCGGAAAUGUCUGACCAGAAAAACGGCAGCUACGAUUUACUUUACACUGUGCCGAAAGAAGGACUUUACACUUUGUCCAUCAAGCUUUUUGGCUUUCCCAUCAAAGGAAGUCCGUUCACUGUAAAAGCAUUUCCUGAGGAAGAAAGCUCUUCCAGUGACCGUCCGGCCAACUCCAAGAUACCCCGGACGACUGGUGUUCGGCAACGAGGCAAUCGAAGGCCUUCCAGUUACCGAUCCAGUAGUUCGAAUCGUUGGAGUAUCCCAAUCGAGGAUGAAUUCGACCUCGUCCUCAGAGUUGGCAAGAAGGGCAAAAAUAAAGGUGAAUUUGCGAAUCCACAAGGAGUGUGCUGCACACAUGAGGGAAAGAUUGUUGUGGCGGACAGUAACAAUCAGGUGGUUCAGGUGUUCUCUACGUUGGGAGAGUUUAAGAUGAAGUUUGGUGUGAGAGGAAGAGGACCUGGGCAGCUUCAAAGGCCAACGGGUGUUGCGGUCAGUACAACUGGCAACUAUGUUGUGGCCGAUUAUGAAAAUAAGGCUAUUUUUAUAUAUGACUGCAAAGGAAAGUUCUUGAACCGAAUUGGUUAUGGGAAAAUGCUUGGUCCAAAAGGAGUUGUUGUGGACAGAAAUGGACACAUAAUUGUGGCAGAUAACAAAGGAAAUUGCGUACUUAUUUUCCAAGAAAAUGGCAAACUACUCCAUAGGUUUGGUGCUCGCGGAAGUAACAAUUCGAAGUUUGCUGGGCCUCACUACGUAGCCAUCAAUAGUAAAAACCAUCUUGUUGUUUCUGAUUUUCACAAUCACAGCAUCAAAGUGUUUGAUGAGGAAGGCAACUUUCUUUAUUCGUUUGGGUCGAAUGGUGAAGGCAUCGGUCAAUUCAACGCUCCUACUGGUGUGGCUGUUGAUGGUCAAGAUAACAUCAUUGUAGCAGACUGGGGCAACAGUCGAAUACAGGUAUUUGACUGCAACGGUUCAUUUCUUUCUUUUGUGAACACAAAUGGAGAACCUUUAUAUGGACCACAAGGUUUAGCCCUCUUUGCAGAAGGAUAUGUUGUAGUAGCUGAUUCUGGAAAUCAUUGCCUAAAAGUAUACAAAUAUCUCCAGUGAAAUAUCAAAGUUUGCUGUUAUUCUAAUUUUAGUGAUCAGAUGUUUUCACAAAACAGCAAGAUUUCCUGAAAAGAACAUUUUCCAUAAAGACUGUGAAUUUUACAUACAUCAUGUUUGCAUAAAAAAAAUUCAAAUAUAGUGAAAUAUUUCUUUUUUUGCUAGUCAUAAUCUAAAUAUUUAAACCAAUUAACCACCCUUUGUAAACUACAUAUUUGUGAUUAUAUAUUUCUAUUUUAUUUUAUCAUUUCAUUCUAUUCCUUCCUUUUUUUUAAAGCAAAAUGGAGUAUUUCUUUUAGCUGCUAGUUUUAUUGCGUUUAAAAACUUUUCAUGUCAUAUUACCAUCACUCUGUGCCAAUCAUGUUAAGAGUUACUGAUUAAGAAUCUCAGAGAAGUGUUUACUUAGAAGUCUAAAUUCGCCAAAGUGGUAAAACUGUAAUUGUUAACUGUAACUAUAAGUAAUUGUUUUGCUAAAAAAAACUACUAUCAAUUUAGGAAGAAAAAAAACAAUAAAAUCUUUGAAUUGUUAGAUUUCAGCUAUUUUAGUGAAUUACAAAGCAUAAAGCUGAUAAGCAUUAGAAUAGCGUCUCAAUUUUUUAUCAGAAGAGUUCACAAUAUUUGCAUUUAUAUAGCUCCCUUUAUAUAAACUUGUUUAAAUGUGGAUUCACAAAAUGUAUUGACAUAAUUAUCCAUUGACAUAAUUAUCCAUCGACACAAUUAUUUAUUUUACUUAAAAAAAAGUGUAGAUUUACAAAAUGUAUUGACAUAAUUAUCCAUUGACACAAUUAUUUGUUUUACUUAAAAAGAAAGUGUAGAUAUACAAAAUGUAUUGACAUAAUUAUCUAAAUGUAUUGAUAUAAUUAUAAAUUAUGACAAUUAUUUAUUUUACUUAAAAAGGAAGUGUGGGUUCACAAAAUGUAUCUAAAUGUACUGACAUAAUUAUCCAUUGACAGAAUCAUUUCUUUUACUUUCGAAAUACGUGAACAUAUUUAAUAUUUGGAUUUGCAGAAAACGAUGCCACAAUUAAUCUUUUUUUUUAAAAAAAUGGAGGGCUUCGAUUGAAAUAUAAGUUCAUUUUCCUUCAUAUUGCUAAACUACAGAGUGACUCAAAAUUAUCUUUAAAGCCAGUGACACCUAAAAUAUACAUGUUCUUUAGCUAGCAUGCAUCUAGGUUAUAAGUAAAACUUUAGCUGAAGUAUAAUACAAACAAUAAUAUUGUUUUAAAUGCUGUUUUCUUAUGAGCAUAAACGUUUCACAAAUUUUUGUGAACAAACUUGUCUGAUUGUUGCCAGAGCUUCGGAUGAUUUUGAGAAAAUUCUUUGUCUUAGUUCCAGGAUAGAAAUGGUCUAUCAUUUCAAUUUAUCAAACGAGCAAAUCAAAUAAAAUACUGUCAAAAUGCAAAUGUUAAUUGAAAAAUUUCAUUUGCUGUUGAAACAUGCAAUGAACUUAGGUAUCUUAUUUAUUUUAUGGGCCUCUGUAUGCUGAAGAAAGAUAAUUAUGAGACAAUCUGUACUUGAAAUUGUGUUUUGUUAGAAAGUUUUUGCCGACUUUCAUCGUUAAAACAAUGGAUUUUGCCAGUUUUGUAUCGAAUUUGCUUACUAUGUUACUUUCGAAGUUUUGUAUGCAAAGUUUUGGCAAAUUUAGAAUGAGCAUUGAAACAAUGUUAAAAAAUGGAUUUGGCCAUUUUGAAGCAAAUGUCUUUUUGUUACUUUCGAUGUUUUGUUUAGAAGGGUUUUUUUCAAACUUAAAAUGAUCAUUACCAGAGAAAAAAAGUAUGGUCAAAACAGAAUAUGGUAAAAUUUACCUUGUUUCUGGCUCUAUGGGAAAACCAGAGAGCUUGAUAAUUUUUGCCGAGGCGCUUUGGUAAUAGCUUAGGCAAAAUCAUAACACUUUACAGCAUGACAUGAGAACCAUUUAUUCGAUAAAAUUUUGUAUUUUUACUAAAUGUGUGGUAAUCAAAACAAUAAUUUUGAAAACCAGAAUUUUCGAUAAUCCGCUAUCUUACGAACGGAAAAAUUAAUGAAUGACUUAAAAACCAUACAUCUUGUUUUUAUUAACCGGAAUUAUGUUUUUUUUAGCAAAAAUGUCAUCACCAUACAGUACGAUAAUUUUACCAAAUUUUUUUCCUGAGUGUAAAAAAUCAAAUGUAAAAAAUAAUGGACUAGGCCAGGUUUGAACAAAAGAAACUGAUAGAAACAUUCUUUUAUAUUAUUUCUUUUUCUCGUUUAUACAUUUUUAAUAAACGAGUAAAAAGAAUUAUGUGAAACUCGAAAUCAGAAGUUUGUUCUCCUAUUUCCAAUUUUUUCUUUUUUUUUUCGAACUUGGCCUUUUUUAAUCUAAGCCUUUCGAAUACUAUAAAUACAAGGAUACACACCUAAAUAAUUUAUUUUAAUCACCUACAGAAGGUACAAAUAGAAAUUUGAGCUUAUGUGCAUUUUUUAUACAUUUCAUAGAGAAACUCGCUGCUAACAGCUUAUCUGAGCUUUGCAGAACAGCUUAUUUUCCUUUAGGGGUCUUUCGAGAUUUCUUACGAAUUUAAAACAUUAAACUUUGAUAGCAUAUAAUCAACGCUUUUCAAGCAAUUUUUUAACUUUGAAAAAACUUAUAUAAUUAAAAAACCGCUGUUUAUUAGCUACGUCGUUUUUUAUUGUUUAAAUUUAUCUUUCAAUCAAUUUAUAAUAAUGAAAUUUAUGUGAAACUUUUUAUUAUCUUAUUGUGAAAACUUAUUCUUACAGUUAUACUCGCGUGAUCUUUCAGCAACAACUUGCAUAAUUGUUGCUAGAAUAGCAAUUUGUAGAAAAUUUUUGAAACUUUGUAAUGAUUUUGGUGAAGAAAAGAAAAUACACAGCAGCAUUAAAUUUUGUAAAAUAAAAUAUUAUCCAAUAUUACAAGCUAAUUUAGCGUCUCAACAAAACAGACAAUGUUAGAUAUCAGUUAAAAGUUUUUCAUUAACUAAUAAUACAUUAUUAGCUAACAGAAGUAAUAUAAAAACGUCGUUAUUGAGUAAAUAAAGUAUCUCAGUUUGUCACGUUUUGAGCAAAAUAAAACUUUUAAUAGAUAAAGUGUAAUAUCUAACAUUGUCAUAAGUGGACAAUGUUAGAUAUCAGUUAAACCUAUUUCAUUAAUUAAUAAUACAUUAUUAGUUUCAGAAAUGAUGAAAAGCCACGUCGUUAUCUAGUAAAUAAAGUAUCUCAGUUUGUCACGUUUUGAGCAAAAUAAAACUGCUAAAGGAUAUUAAAUAUUUCUUAUUUAAAACUAGAUUUGUUUAAACUUAACAUUUUGUAUCCAUAGUUAUUAUGAUUAUUAUAAGCUUUAAAUUCUGAGAAGGUAACUUAAUUUCUUUCUCUCCCCUAUAAAUUAUUGCGCUAUAAUUUUGUUUUCAUGCUUUUGAGGUUGCUCAACGGAAGAAUUAGGUAGGCAAAGGAUUUGUUAUUCGAUUAUUAGCGUAACAUCAGGGGGCUUUUGGUGGGAUUUAAUCUUAAAUGAUCCGAAAAUAAUACUGGAACAUGCUUGAACUAUGUAGUUUUUAGUUAGUAGAGAACUUGAUGGUAAUCAUCCCAUGGUCUCCGCACCAUGCUUCUCAACCGCGCAUGAACUUUUUCUAUAUCUGAAUCUGCUAUAAAAAUUAUCAUUAGAGUGGAAAACGAACAACUAAGACAUUAUCAGAGAAAGCGUAAUCCAGUCACACCAGCUGCUUAUACACACCCGAUCUUUGUUCGAACUUAGAAUCGAACUUGCGACUUUUUUCUUUCUGUUAAAAUGUAAGCUGUGCUACAAGUUAUCUCACUGCCACCGCUUCGAAAAAAAUCAUGAACCAAUAAAAGGAGAAUGAUUGAAACAUUAACUUAAAUUAUAUUACACAAAUGUAAAAUACAAUAUGUAAUAUGACCAAAAAAUAUAAUAUUAGGGUUUUUAAAAAAUAUUAAACAUUUCAUAACUGUAGCUAUAGAGAUGUCCAACUUACCAGGCUGAACUGGAUCAGUUGACCUUCAGCAAUCCAUCAAAUGUUCGCGUCUCCUGGUUGCUAAUGGCAACAAUGCGUUUUCUCAGCUCUUGUUUUAUUGGCAACCAAUUGAUGUAGGUGACAUCUCUAUUUUUCGAUUUUAUUAGGGAAUUUUUAAGUAAGAGGCAAAUAUGCUCAAUGGCUUUGUGGCUCAUUGAUGAUUUUUAAAGCUUUAUUUGUCUAUCUUAUGAUUUGUGGAUAUCCAUUUGUUGUUUUCUGUUGAACAACAUUAAUUGAUUUCUACCAGUGUAAAACAUGCACAUAGAGAAACCCCCUUAUAUUGUGCCAUAUUUAUUCACUAUGUGUUAUUGAUUUAAAAAGUUUUAGCAAACAUAGAAACUGACAGACUGCUCAAACAUGAUGUUGUCCAUAUAAUUUUGACAUUUUAUGUAGAAAUAGCUGUGAUAUUUGAAAAUGUUUCUGAUUGCAUCGCUUGUGUUUCUGCUUUUGUACAAACAGAUGCAAAGGCAACAUUAUUCUUGUAUAUAUUAUAUAUAUAUGACUGAAUAAAAUAUGUUUCGAAAUA